CUGGUUUUUGCUUUUUUGUAUUGUAUUGGUAGGAGGAGCCGCUUUCCUGUGAUUGUCUGGUUAUUCUCUCUCUUCACCCGCUCGCUCUCCUUCUCUCACCCUCAGUGCAUCUCCUUCCCUCUCUCAUUUUUCCAAAGUUGAAUAUUCCGCUUGCCUGAGAGCUCUCGCCAGCGCACGGACUGAACGCACCGGGCUGGUAUCGCGCUGCGCUGCGUGGAACGCACCUGGACAGAAGGAGUGAGCUACAGUAUCCCGACUCUGUUCAGUCCCCUCUCUCCACCCCUCCUGAUUCUUCCAACUUCAUUUCGGGCUACUUUCAAGAUGACACAAGAAAAGCGCGUUCGCUAUGUAAAGCUGGUAACUGGCCAGCUUCUGUGGGAUUUGAUGUCACCUUUAGAUUGGUUCAACUGAAGAUGGAAACACUGGAGUCUGAGCUGACCUGCCCGAUCUGCCUGGAGUUGUUUGAAGACCCUCUGCUCUUGCCCUGUGCCCACAGCUUGUGCUUUAACUGUGCCCAUCGCAUCCUGGUAUCCCACUGUUCCACCAGCAAGCCCCUUGAGUCCAUCUCAGCCUUUCAGUGCCCCACCUGUCGUUACGUCAUCACACUGAAUCACUGCGGUCUGGAAGGCCUUAAGCGCAAUGUGACGCUGCAGAACAUCAUUGACCGCUUUCAAAAGGCCUCCCUUAGCAGCCCCAACUCCCCUACUGAAAGCCGGCGCCUGCAGCCGCAGCGGCCCUACACCGCCACCAUUAGCGGUACAAUAGCAGGAACAAUUGGCAGCGGUGGUGGCACAAGUGGAAGCAGCGCCCGUGGCAGCCCGGCCACUUCCAGCCACUCCCACCCGCACGCCAACCACACCAAUCACAUCAACCACACCAACGCUAACCACAGCCCAGCUGUUGUUGCUAAAAUGGAUCCACGCAUCACCUGCCAGUUCUGCGAGCAGGAUCCGCCCCGUGAGGCUGUCAAGACAUGUGUCACAUGUGAGGUAUCAUACUGUGACCGCUGCCUGCGUGCAACCCACCCUAACAAGAAGCCAUUCACCAGCCACCGCCUGGUGGAGCCGGUGCCAGACACUCACAUCCGCAGCCUGACCUGUCUGGAGCACGAGAAUGAGAAGGUGAACAUGUACUGCUUGGUGGAUGACCAGCUCAUCUGCGCUCUCUGCAAGCUGGUGGGUCGCCACCGAGACCACCAGGUGUCCUCACUCACUGAGCGCUUUGACAAGCUCAAGGCUUAUCAGGUGAGCCCGGGCAGAGUGUCAGAUGCGGUAAUGGAGGCUUCAAAGACAAGCGCUGCGCAAACCCUGGAGAAUAACCUGACCAACCUGGUGAAGAGGAACAGUGAACUAGAGAACCAAAUGGCAAAGCUCAUCCAGAUCUGUCAGCAGGUUGAGGUGAACACAGCCAUGCAUGAAGCUAAGCUGGUGGAGGAGUGUGACGAGCUAGUGGAGAUCAUCCGCCAGAGAAAACAGGUCAUCGCGGUGAAAAUCAAGGAGUCCAAGGUGAUGAAGCUGCGUAAGUUGGCUCAGCAAAUUGCAAACUGUCGCCAGUGUCUGGAGCGCUCCAGCGCCCUCAUCACACAAGCCGAACAGAGCCUGAAGGAGAACGACCACGCCCGCUUCCUCCAGACCGCCCGAAAUGUAGCUGAAAGGGUUGCCAUGGCGACAGCCUCCUCCCAGGUGCUCAUCCCUGAUGUCAACCUGAAUGAGGCAUUUGACAACUUUGCUCUGGAUUUCUCACGAGAGAAGAAGAUUUUGGAAGGACUAGAUUACCUAACAGCUCCCAACCCACCAUCUAUAAGAGAUGAGCUGUGCACUGCCUCCCAUGACACCAUCACUGUUCACUGGACGUCAGAGGACGAGUUCAGCGUUACCUCCUACGAGCUGCAGUACACUAUCUACACUGGCCACACAAAUUUCAUCAGUUUGUACAACUCUGCAGACAGCUGGAUGAUUGUACCUAACAUCAAGCAGAACCACUACACAGUGCACGGCUUGCAGAGCGGCACCCGCUAUAUCUUCUUUGUCAAGGCUAUCAACCAAGCAGGAAGCCGCAACAGUGAGCCAACCCGUCUCAAAACCAACAGUCAACCCUUCAAGUUGGACCCAAAGACGGCACACAAGAAGCUCCGCCUAUCCAACGACUGUCUGACCAUGGAGAAGGAUGAGAGCUCACUGAAGAAGAGCCACACCCCGGAGCGAUUCAGUGGCACAGGUUCUUAUGGAGCAGCUGGUAAUGUUUUCAUUGACAGUGGGUGCCACUACUGGGAGGUGCUGCUGGGAGCAUCUACGUGGUAUGCCAUUGGCGUGGCUUACAAAUCAGCCCCAAAAAACGAAUGGAGCGGCAAGAACUCAUCCUCAUGGGUCUUCUCACGCUGCAACAAUAACUUUAUGGUGCGUCACGAUGGCAAGGAGAUGCUGGUGGAGGCAAGCUUGCAGCUGAGGCGGCUGGGUGUUCUGCUAGACUACGACAACAAUUCACUGUCCUUCUAUGAUGCUAUGAAUUCCCAGCACAUUCACACUUUUGAAAUUUCCUUCCUCCUGCCCGUGGUACCCACUUUCAUGAUCUGGAACAAGUCAGUCAUGAUACUCUCAGGGCUACCUGUCCCUGACUUUGUCGAUGUCUUGGCCUCAGAUCAUCAAGAGCAGCAACAGCAGCAGAUGGGCCUAUGCCGACAAGAGUCACCAUACUUGACUGGAAUGAAGACCUGCCACUGAGAAUGGCCCAACGACAGCCAAGCAGAGUCCACUCUGGCCCAGUAACUGAAAAGUUGAUUGGGAGCUGAAAGGCAUUGCCAGUCUAAAAGAGUCCUGCUCUAACUCUCAUUACGAGUAAACUUGUUACUUUCUUAUGGAUUUAGAAAGUAAUCGAAAUAUGCACACGAGUCUGGAAAAUGUCAGCCCUGUUAGUUUGUAGACAUCAAAUGCUUUGUAAAUCCAUCAGUGGGAACCCAUCAAUGGGAACAAGGUCUCUUGACUGUGAACAUCAGCAGGCCUAGAAUUCAUCUGAUGUCCUGGAGGACAGGAGCUUUGGUCUGUCACUGGGCAGGACAGGAUCUUGACCAUUUAAGGUCUUCCGUUUCGAUUUAUUUUCCACUUGAUUUGACCAUAGGUAGAAGACCAAGGAGGGAAUGCUCCCAUCAUCUAUUUAGAGUUUGAAGUAUAGCAUGAACAGUUAGAGUAGGACUAAAUGUCUCGUCUGAAGCAGAUUAAAUCAAAUCACAACAAUAGAAGCAUCUGAUAAAAGACUCAAAUUCUGUCACAAUAAGAUUAGGUCAAUUUGACACAUUUCGGAUGUAAUCAGAAUUAGCCAUCAAAGAAAUUGAAUUCUUGGAAGACACACUUAUGGAGUUUGCUUUCUUGGUGAAACUUGGAUGACAAUGAGUUUGCUCUCAUGGCUGUAUGCUAAAUAGGAAGCUAGAGACACCAGCUGGGUUAGCUUAGUGCAGCAUAAAGACUGGAAGGACCAGCUUCCUGUAAAACCAUAAAGUCAAGUCAGUUUUAUGUUUGCCUUUUUCCUAUGGAUGAAACAAACAAGAUAUAACAUAUUUUAUGAGCUUUAGAGGUGUUUCUAUUGUUUCUAGUCUUAAGGGCUUUUCAAACUUUCUAUGUACCUUCAAACAGAUGCGGAAACAGACAAAAGAUGCACACACAUUCCUAUUCAUACCUCAAAUUGAAGGUCUACUUCUGUCCAUGUGCCAGCGUUUUCCAAGUAUUGCAGUACAUACGAAGUUAGGGCUUUUUGUUGUGCAGGCGGUCCAUGCAGAAAGAAUACAUUUCUGGCAUUGUGCACCUGGGAAGAUGAUGAAAUUUACAUCACUGGACCAUAGUAGGCACAUGGACAUGGAAACUAUGAAUUGGCCUUUAGUUCUAUGUUAAGCUAACCACCUGCUGGUUCUCAUCUCAAAUUCUAUGUACUAGAUAUAAAUCUUACCACACAACUCUGAGCAAAAAAAAAUAAUAGGUGUAUGUCUCAAAAUACUUAUUCUGUUAAUUGUAGAUGUGUCUUGUAUGUGGCCACUUUACCGUGUGAGACAGAUGCUAUCGUCUUGCUAAAGCAAAAACAUGUUAUCCUUAGUCUUCUUCUGUUGCAUUACAGCAAGGUGCAUUACCAGCCUUUGUGUCACUGUUUAUGCGUUGUUCAGGAGCUGUAAGUGGUCUUUGCUAACGUCUUUGCCUUGGUCUUCUUCCUAGAUUUGACUCAGCCUUGUUUGAAUUGGCAGAUCACAGCUUCCAAGUUUCAGGAGGUGUUAACGCUGCCCGCAGUUAUUAACAAGAUCACAGGGGGUAGAUUUGCAUCAUGUGUCCGUUUGACUUGUAUGAUAAGGGGUUUACUGAAUUCUAGAGGAAAAAGUGUUAUUUAUGACAAAAAAGAUGGCUUACUUUUAUCAUUAAUCUCAACAUACUCAUGUUGCACUUUUUAAUUAACACUAUUUCCCAUCUUCAAGUAGAUGGAGUUGAGUGGCAGGGAUGAAAUGGGAAGGGAAAGUGUCAACAAGAUGGUUGUGUUCACUCACGUGAAAAAUUAAAAUAUCUUAUUUUCCUAUUUCCAAAAUAAUUUAUGGUUACUCAUUAAUCAUGAUUAACCAGAUAUUACCAAAACAACUUUAUUGCAAUAAAACACUGUUAAGUAAUAACACUUAAUCUGAUCAUUCAAAGCACUUAGCAAUAAACUAGAAGUCCCUGCUGCAAAUGGAAAUAUCUUUGAACACAACCAGUGACUUUCCCUCCCUACUGGUCUUCUCAAUAGCAUAUAGUAUGAUUAUGGUGAGGAUUAUGUGAUUUUUAUCACAGUGACAUAAUGGCAAACUAUGUUUAAAGCUGUUUUAAAAACAUUCACUCUGUUUUUG